ACACUCUGGCAAAACUUCGUCGUUCUUCAUUCUCACCUUUCGGUGGCAGUAAUCAAGAGCCACUGAUUGUAGUUGAAGAGUCAGAACAAGAUGAAAAGGAGGAAGAUGAGAGUAAAAAAUCUUCAUCACCAAGACAAAGUUUGGAUAUUGACUCCCCUGUGAAUCCUUAUCUUUUGUCACCAUGGAGAGAUCCUCGGGAAACUCGCAAGCAUUCUCUUCCAACACCUCCAUGUACCAGCGGCAUAACAGCUAGUCAAGUUAGAAGAUUAUCAGAGCGAGGGGGUGAAGGUUCAGGCCCAACGCCCAUGGAGCAAGCUUUUCUCGCAACAUUAUCGCAAGCACCAGCACCGCAGCCUGGAGGAAGGAGACAUUCUGUAGUAACAAUUUCUAAAGUACCUUCUUCGCUCUUCGGUCGGAAUAGACGGGAAUCCAUUGCAGCUGUGCCCAAUUUCACACGUUCAAAUGGAGGUUCAAGACGUGAAAGUAUUGGGAAUGGCCCACCGUCAACAGACCCCCGUGGUAGCAUUCAUAAUCUUCAGUUAGAUAUUAUGGAUGACAUCGUUCAAGCACGAAAAGCUCGUAUGAAACUAUGGAAUACGAGCAAUGAGAAAGUGUGUGAGGUACAAACGGUAGAUGAAGCUGGCACUAGUUCUUCUGCACAACGUUACACCAAUAGACGAUUUUCCGAUUUUGUUGCCACCACACUCACUCCAAUACCGCAAUCACUACGUCGUGCAUCUGAGAACCCUUGUAGCAUGUUGUUAACGUCUCCCAAUGUCGCACAAGCACCAACAACUCCUUCCAAAAAAGCCGGAAUUAUUUGUACUAAUACCGAUUUAAUCUCUUUACUUUCAUCAUUAGCCUCUUCCGCUACUGAAAUCAAUCGAAUAAGUGAAGUGCCGACUCCAGUUGCUCCCGUUGCCCCACAGGUUCCGCCUCAAACUAAAAGCAGCUCCAACUUUCUAAGGCCCGAACGUAAGACGAGUCUCAAAAAGUCAAAUCGUUCCAAUAGCUUUGACGUUUCAAUUCUUAAGGGAGUUAAGCCGACAACAGAUGACGUUAAGCCUUCAAACUCUGCUGCCAGUGGUUGGUUUACAAAACGACAUAUGCCAGCAUCAAAACGAACAAAUACGAUGAAGUCAUCAGCACAAGCCACAGUAACAUUUGCACGCGAAACAUUUGAUAAAUGGAUAAGUUUGCUUGAUGAAACCCAUGAGAUGACCCUGACAAUUAAUU